AUGCUCCGCCGGUAUAUCACCUCGCAAAUAUACCGCCUAACAACCCGGAAGAUGUCAACAUCCCCCCAGCCGCGCAUCACGCGCGACACGUUUCUGCACACUGUUUCCCUGCAGAAGAGCAGGCCGGGUUCCACCCCGUCUUCGUCCCAGGUCACCAUUUUCAUGAUCUCAGGGAAUCCGGGGCUAGUCGGAUACUACCAUACCUUCCUGUCGCUUCUUGCUGACAAACUGGGUUCGCGCGGCGCGCAGAGUAAGAGUCAGAGCCGUAGCCAUGCGUGUGACUUUCAGAUCUACGGGCAUAGCCUGGGUGGGUUUGAGCUGGAUGAUCCCGAGAAUCUAGAUGCGGGGAAGCGCUUGUUUGAUCUUGAAGACCAGAUCUGCUAUGUCCAGGGGAAGCUUGAUGGUUUCCUUGCGGGCGCGGAGACGAAGCAGAAGGUUAUUCUUGUUGGGCAUUCGGUGGGCGCUUAUAUCGCUAUGGAGAUUCUGAGGAGGCAUCGGGAGAGAUCAGAUGCUAGAGCUAGAACUGGGGCUGGGGCUGAUAGGGCCGACUUCGAUAUCGUUGGCGGGAUAAUGCUCUUCCCUACUGUCGUGGAUAUUGCCAAGUCGCCUUCUGGGCGGAAGCUGACGCUGGCUCUAGUCGUUGGCUUUCUGGCCAGGGUUCUGGCAAUGCUACUUCCAGGAAAUCUGCUGCAAGGUCUAAUCAAAAAUGUUAUGGGGUCGCCACCGGAUAGUGCGGUUGAGACAACCGCAGCGCUUCUCAAGAGCAAACGGGGCGUUAGACAAGCUUUACACAUGGCCGCUGAUGAGAUGCGGACGAUCACCUCGGACAAAUGGGACGAUGAUGUCUGGCCGCUAACUCGUUUGUUCUUCUACUUUGGCCGAAAUGACCAUUGGGUUGCGGAGCGGACGAGGGAUGAGAUUAUUGAGCUUCGAGGGCGUGUAGAUGGUGGGCCGACGAUGUCGGUUUGCGAGCUUGGGCUGCCGCAUGCGUUUUGCUUAAGACAUAAUGAGAUUAUGGCGGAGAAGGUGUCCGCCAUGAUUAUGGAUAUUGUGUCGGCUUGA